AUGGGCCAGUUGGUAAUGUUGCUGUACGGGUCAUUGGGCGCUUCUUCAUUUCCAGCCCAAGCAGGAGCUGUUGUUUUGCAAGGAAUGAUGUCCCCCUUGCAUCCUCGAGGCUUUUCUGUUGGUCUCUCAGGUCAUGGGCUUGGUAAGCAGGUCAAGCAGCCACCCCUCUUGGACGACGUGCCGGCAGCCACACCAUCAGCGAUUUGGGCAGACCCAUCGGCAGACUGUGACUGUGUGUCACACCAGAUCGAGCUUGCAGUUGCAAGCACUGCACCCCGCCAGUGGAACGUAGGCCGGAUUGCUGGGUCAAUGGUGCAGCAGGUGCGUUGGCCACAAUCGACGGAAGGAUUCAUGACUUCAAAAGCUGCAUUCGUCUCGAAGAAGGUUUCUGUCCAACACCCUCCGCCCUCCAGCAAGAUAGCAGUGUCUGCGCCCGUCACGGGCGCCUUGAGCUAG